GUACUGUGGCUGUUAGUAUUUAUAUGUGUUUUAGCCACUAAGGAGAAGUGUGAUUUAAUAAGAGAGGAUGAUAAACCACUCAAUAGACCUCUAAAAAAUGUGUCCCCUCUCUUCUGAGAUGAUUGUUACGCCCUUGAGUGAAGGCACCAGCAAAAUGUCUGGUUUUCUCCUGCUUUUGUUAAACUGUCUGUUGGAGCUCUUGUGCUGCACAGAGAGGCUGCCUGUCACUGUGAACAUGAGUUGAGAUCUUCUCCUCAUUGGUCAGUCCGCAUGAGGUGGGUCAGGUGACUGAUAGGGUUGUGUAAUGUCAAGCGUUGCUUUUGUGAAAAUGGAGGACACGUCCCUCGAUCUCAAUGUGGGUCAUGUUUACCAGGUUAUACUGAUGUGUUUUGUUUUCAAACCAUCAUGUGAAGGAGUGUCCUUGACAAGAGAACAUAAUAGUGUAUUUGUAGUUCUAUGAGCAUUUGUACAUCAAAAUACACUUAGAAAUUGAAGUAUUGAGUAUAUUUACUAUAUAUUGCAAUAAUUUACUCUGUAUUUUGCCAGACUGGUAUUCCUGGGGUCGUAAUGAUGGGGCCCUUGAAUAUUGUUGCCCAGGGUACAGGGAAGUGUUAAUCUGGCCCUGUCUGGAGAGAAUCGAUUCCACCAUAAUGACCUCCGGCCAGGAUUGAUGCCUCCACUUCCGUCUUCGCUCCCCAGAUGGUCGAUGCCUCUACUGCCUCCUGCGUUCUUCAGAGGGUCGACGUGUUUACCUCCUGUGAGGAGGAUCAUGAGGGGAGGGAGGUGGUGGUGGUUGACACCCUGGCUGCUGUGACAGUUUUCAUCUUGGCAGCUCUUGUGGAGAUGCUGUCCAUACCUGCUGCAGCACCUGAGUCCUUGGAGCCGGAGCCAGCACCUGAACCCUCAGAACCAGAGCCAGAGUCCUCUGAGCCAGAGCCAGCACUAGAGUCUACAAAGCCCCCGGGUCUGAUUGUGAAGUCCCCUGGUCAGCCUGAGUCUGCAGAACCCCUAGAUCAGAUUGUGAAGUCCCCGGGUCUGCCUGAGGCUCUAAAUAUCUCUAAGCUGGUCUCUGCUCCCAAAUUCACUCUGGUCCCUGAUGCAGUUGAGGACUCCUUGCCGCCUGUAGCUGACUCCUCGCCAUCUGCAGAUGAGCCCUCACCGUCUGCAGCUGAGUCCUUGCCGUCUGCAGCUCAGGUCUCACCACCAGCUGCAGUGCCUCCAGAGCCGGCCCCUGCAGUGCCUCCAGAGCCGGCCCCUGCGUAGUCUCCUGAGCCGGCCCCUCCAGAGUCUCCAGUACCGGCCCCACCUGAGAUCCCUAUUAUCAGCGGCCGAGUACCACAUCGCCCUACAGAGCUCCAUCCUCACCGUGGCAGAGCUCCAGGUCGCCCACCAGAGCUCCAUCCUCACCGCGGUUGGGCUCAAAGCUGCCCACCUGAGCUCCACCUCCAACACGGUUGGAUCCACAGCCGUCCUCCAGAGCACCACCUCCGACGCGGUCUGAUCCACGGCCGCCCUCCAGAGCUCCGCCUCCUCUGCGGCUGAGUCCACGGCCACCCACCGGAGCUCCGCUUUCACUGCGACCGAGUCCACGGUCGUCCUCCAGAGCUCCGCCUUCGCUGUGGCCAAGUCCACGGCCGCCCUCCGGAGCUUCCUCCUCAUCGCUGUUGGGUCCCUGGGCGGCCACCCGAACUCUUUGAGCUCUUCAGAUGUGCCUUGGGCCAUCUGUGUCUGAUUUUUUUUGUUGUUGUUUUUCCCAGGAC